GCUUUGCUUAUCAUUUUUAUAAAUAAUAUUAAAAUAUUUAUUUAAAUGGGUCUCACGUUUAAUUCCAUGUAAAAGCUCGAAAUAGUAGCUGAAUUCUGCAGUUCUGGAAUCAUGUUAGACGUUACAGGCAUUACACUUCCCCUCAGCUGAUGCACGAAACAGUUCAUCGAAAUAUUUCAUGAUAAAUACAAAAUCACCUCAAUCACAGGCCACACCCACACAUUAAUGUUCAACGGGAGUGAAAAAGAUGGUGAUAGAAUUGUGAAUUGUUGUCUUAUUGUCUUUUUUAUUCUUACGGAAAUUUUGCUCUUGGAAUCUGCUCGAAAUGUUAGCCGUCACAAAAUCUAAAAACAUUUCAAUUAAUUUUAUCAAUCGAAUAGUUUUAUGAUUUAUGUUUAGUGUUAUACGUUUAUACAUAUAGUUUAAAAAUUGAAUUUCGAUAAUUUAGAUUAUUUCUAAAUAUCAUCAACUAAUUUACUGAACCACCAUGUACUGUUGGGGCGCCAACAGCCACGGUCAGCUGGCUCUUGGAUUCCGAUCGGAAAUGUGUGAAACACCGCAAAAAGUAGAAUCCCUCCCGUUCGACCCUAGCCGUAUUAAUAGUAUCUGUGCGGGUGGCGGUCACACGUUGCUCACGGUCAAUGCCACCGGCGACCUAUACAGCAGUGGCUGGAACAAUCGCGGCCAAUUGGGACUCGGGCAUAUGGAAGAUGUUUGUAGGUUUACUCUGGUAGGUCAGUUUGAUUUCGAUUCGAUUGCCUGUGGCUGGGACGUUUCGGGAGCUGUUUCCCCUGAAGGAGAAGUCUAUCUGUGGGGCUCGAAUGUAUGGCAUCAGGUGGCGGACAAAGAAAUUAAGUAUCUUAUGGUGCCGACUAAACUGCCGCUCCCAAGGGGUACCAAGGCAAGAAAAAUAUGCUUCGGAUUACGACAUACUUGCGUCCUAACGGAUCAGGGGAAAAUAAUGCUUUUUGGAAAAUCAAAAUGGUUACAACAGGAAAAGAUAACACAGUCGAGUGUUUUCUUCGGAGGAGUGGAGUUUUACGAAAUGGGAUUUUCGGAGCCUGUUACAGAUGUGGCCAGCGGAGAAAACCAUUUGAUUGCUCAACUGGGUCAAAAGCAAAUUGUAUGUCUCGGAGAUAACAAAUUUGGACAAAGUCCUGAGGGGAUCAUCUACUGCAGUGAAGAACAGCAGCCUAAUUACAUAGAACAAUUAGAAUCGGGCUGGUCCCAUUCAGGAUAUCGUAUGAGCGACGGUCGUGUUUACCUAUGGGGUCGAAACAACUACGGACAACUGGGUGUGGCGGUUAAUGGUGAUCACAAUAGUCCGAAGGCGUUGGAUGUAGAGGGUAAGGUAAUUAAAUUUUGCCUGGGAUCGCAGCAUGGAAUAGCGUCGACUAGAGAGAGUCUGUAUACAUGGGGCUGGAACGAGCACGGAAACUGCGGAUUAGGAAGCGUGGAGAAUGUGACAUCGCCGACUCGGAUAGAAGGAUUGGCAAAUACUAGAAAUAUUGCCGCCGGUGCUGGCUUUUGUUGGGCACUUAAAUAGGUGUAAAAAGUAUCUAAUCAGUUAUCAUAAUAGAUCUUUCUCAGUUAAUGGGAGCAAAGUGCAGUGUUUCCAAGAAAAAGCCGAAGACACCGAACUCCAAAAUGCUGCAAAACCCACGUGGAUCAUUUGAGCAAUACUAUAGUGCCGACAUUCAACAUCUGCUUCCUAAUGUGCAGUUUUCUCGUCCGCUGUACAGAUUCAGCAACGGCCAUCAGCCAUGUCCGGUCGAUUUGAAUGCACGCAUCGUCGACAUUCGAGACCUUGAGGAUGAUUUACGCAUGGAAAGUUUGUUUCUGAAGCAAAAUAAGAACAUACCCCUAGGACGAAGCUCUACGCCAGAUUCCUCGUAUUGCAGCCACUGCGAUCACAAGCAUCGCGAACGCUGUUGUCUGUAUGUGGGCGACCGGCCAGAUGACCUGAACCGUUACUCUGCUUGGACCGAAGAUUUCAAAAAUACUCCAUUCAAACCGCAGAACAUAAACUGCAUUCCUGAAGCCGUUUCAUACAACACUACACCAUAUUCUUCGCCUCGAUAUAGCUAUGUGCAACCAGAUCGAAGAAAAGGCUCUUCGCCUAAGGCACCAAAAAAACCACCCACAGAACCGAUAAAAACUUCCGAACCAUGGCAAGGUUUGACGGACUCAACAAAACCCACAACGUUGACGCCCUAUCAACAAUACGCACUGCAAAUGGAACAAAUGAACCAGGCCUUAGAAGCAAACAUUCAUCUCAACCUGAUCGAUCCCACGAAUCCUUAUUUCGCCAAUUGGAGUGUCGAACAGGCAUUGGCUGCCAUUCAAAAAGUAAGAAAUGAACAUCAGCACAUUUACAAUGGACCGGUAUACAUGCAACAGAACAAUUGCGCAACGAGUCAACAAGCGAGUCCAUACGUGCCCUAUCCAUAUAAAAUUCAUCAACCGCUUCCGCAACCGUGCCCGCUUUAUCCGCAUUGUCCUUUGGAACCUUCUAGUUCCUCUCAGCGCUACUCGCAGUUACCAUCGCAGCAAUAUGCAAGUCCCUCCUACGCAAAUCCGGCAGCGCAAGUGCAUUCUGGCGGGGUUUCAUUCCCGUUAUGGAUGCUGUUUAGCUACAACCAAACUAAAUCAACACCUGCUGCUAGCGAAACGGGCGCCAGGAAGAGAUCUGUUCGAAAAGUGAACAAUCUCGAUGCCGGGUUUCAGCAACAGCAGCAGCCGCAGCAGCAACAACAGCCGCUAUAUCCACAAACACAACAGAUAGAUUACAAUAAUAAUUGCAAUGUCUUCUGCAUUGGUGGCUGUGUAGGGAAGGAUCAUAAUGAAAGGAAGCAAGCAAUUCGCAUGGAUGUUGAAGAUGGCGGUAUUAACGUAUAAUGCGACUUGAAAGUUCAUUAUUGGUGUAAAUAAUGUAUAUAAUAUAAUAAAAGUAAUGUAAGCAAUAAAUAUAAAUUUUAUUCAGAAAUAAUAA